AUGGUCUCUACGGCGACAAGUCCACCGAGCUGCCUCCCUCUACCAAGAGUCCAAGACACAACCACAACCAACGCUGUACCAUACUCGACCACCCCCACCAACAGUGAACAUUACACCACCAUCGCCACCAACGGUGAACCAUACACCACCACAAACGACGAAAACAACAACAUUCCAUACACACACUAUAAUCCCAACAAGAACAACAACAACUACUACAACAACAACUACAAGACCAACCAAAACGGGAUGAGUGACACAAGAUUUACAGUAGAGAGGCUACAACACUCCCACCACCACCCCAACCACCCAAACAGCAACAACUACUACAAUGUUGAGAGGCAAGGCAUGAGCGACACAAGGUUCUUAGAGAAUGGUAAGUACUACUACGACCCCAACAACAAGAACAACUACAAUCAAAACCAGUACAAGAACUCGUUUGCAACAUGCACCAAAUUCUCCACCCUCAUUCACAACGUCUGCUGGACGAUUAAGGGUCGCAACGUCUUCCUCUCUGAUCUCGUCUCCGCCGCCUCCUCCGAUCCCCCCGACGGCUGGUGA